AUGGGAAACUCUUGUUGCUUCGGCCGUCUGCACGAAUACCGAGCCAAGCUGGAGUCUAUCGAAGCGCAGGUGUUCGACAACGUUGCUGCGUACGGUCCGAUUUCUGAUGCUCUGGGUCUUGAUGAACCCGAAUGUGACAUAGAGAGAUUUGAUCUAGCUUUCGAGAAUGGUGAUAUCGGCGAGUUCGUGUCGCUGUGCGUGUCCUCCCAGCCAAUCGACAAGUUAGAUGAGCGUUUACACCCAUGGGCAGCAAACCCUACGACGAUUGGGGCACUUGCUGCUACACAAUUGGCUAUAUUUGCCAGUAAGGAGCAGCAGCCAGAGUACAAGGAUGCAAUCCGCAAGGCGCAUGGCAUUCCUACACUCGUAGAGAUGCUUAAGAGUGACGAGGUUGACCGCGUACACGCCGCGGUUGUUGCACUUUCGUUUCUGUCGGCUGGUAACUCUGAAAACUGUGUCGAGAUGUUCCGUGCCGGAGCUCUUCCUGAGAUGAUCCGCGGGAUGCGGUCCGAUAUCGACGGCAUGCGUGCGGCGUGCGCACAGACUUGCCGCAAUAUUUAUCAAUUAGAUAUGGAAUAUCGCAGGGUUUUUGUUAAGCGUGGCGGUUUGGUAAACUUGGUUAAUCUGUUGUCUUCUUCCGAUGAUGAGGACGAGGAGUCGCGCCUGACUCAACUGGAGGCAGUCUAUCACCUUGAGGAUUUCAUAAUGGAUGGUGUUGAGGAGUUGCCCGAAUUUGUAUCGCUUGUGAAAGUAUCAGGUGCACUAGGCAAGCUAAAACUACUCGAGAAGAACAGCAACAAAGAAUUGAGUAUGGCUGCCAAGAGCUUGAGUGUGCGCCUAGCAGACUAA